AUACUACACAGUGGAGAGUAGAAGAAGAAGAAGAUUUCCCCACACGACUUUGACGUUUAGCAGCAGCGUCUGUCCUGACCUUCUCACUACAGCGUGACAAACUCAAAGAUGGCUGGACGUGCGUUUGCAAGUUGGUGGGGCAAGAUGAGCCCUUACUACACUAAGGCAUACCAGGAGAUGUGGGUGGGCCUUGGCAUCAUGACAUACCUGUACUACAAAGUUUCCUAUGGAGGCAAGAAGGCUGUGAAGGACAAGCCUGCCCAUUGAGUUUUCCACCAUACCAGACCCCCCCCUCCACCUGCUGUGAAAUAAUAAUCGUUAGUCCAGAAGUCCAGCUUCUUAUUUGAAUUUUUGUUAAUAUGGAAUAAAGUGGCAUUCCAAAACUUU